CCGCCUCCACUCCCGCUCCCACGCGGCCAGGAGCACUACCAGAAUAGGCCGCUCGCUGUACCUGCACCGGGCAAGCGAAGCGAGCGAGAGGCAUCGCUGCUUGUUCCUUGCUUCCUCCUCACGUGCCUUGGCCUCUCCGCUUCCCCCGCCCCGUUCCCCACCGAGCAAGAAGGGGAGGCGAUGCAGCAGGAGCCGGGACGGGCUGGGGCUGAUCCCGCCGGGGCGGGCCCUGCGCCCACCACCGUCGACGAGGCGUCCAUGGAGCGCAGCAAGAGUUUCGUCAAGGCGCUCCAGGAGCUCAAGAACUUGCGGCCGCAACUCUACUCGGCCUCGGAGUACUGCGAGAAGUCGUACCUCCACAGCGAGCAGAAGCAAGUGGUGCUGGACAACUUGAAAGAUUAUGCUGUCAGGGCCAUGGUCAAUGCUGUCGACCACCUCGGCACAGUCGCCUACAAAUUGACAGACCUGUAUGAACAGCAGGUUUCAGAAGUCUCAACCCUCGAGUUGAAAGUAGCAUGCUUGAACCAGCAAGUCCUCACCUGCCAAACUUACACGGAUAAAGAAGGCCUUAGGCAACAGCAGAUGACAGGGGCUGCCAGAAGACACCACAAACAUUACAUCAUACCAUAUGCUGGAAAUAAAAGAAUGCAGGCUUUUUCUGAGAUGCAAUUCGACGCUGAUUUUGACUCAACACCUAGACCUUAUUCUUCCGCGAAGACCCUUCAGUGGCAUUUGGUUUCAGAGAAGAACUCCAAAACCAAUAGACCACAUCAGCCUGAAUUCACCCUAGGAGAAACAAAAGCUACUAAGCCUUCAUCAAGUGGUUUUCGCCUUCUCGGUAAGGAAUCACCUGCAUAUCCCUUGCCAAAGCAUCUGCAGUCCAACAUGACCAGCUCGGAUAUUGUUAAUGUUGGAAUGAAGGAUCAGCUCGCUACCAGGCAUUUGUCAUCAUUUAGUUCUUUUGACAACCCUAGAGGACGUCAAAUUCAGAAGGCUCCACUCAGCACAAAAAGUAUGCUAGCUGCUUUCUUUGUCAAGCACAGAUCGGGAAAGAUGAAAAAUGUCUCUGUUCGUUGAUCGACUGCAAGCCUGCAGUUUGCUCCAGACAUAUCAUUGUCAAAGUGUUAAGUACAUGGAACAAACUCUGUAUACAUGUACAUUUUAUUUGUAUCUUGUAUAUUUGUAGCCUAGAGAUAAACCUUUUCUGAUUCUGAUACCCUUUUCAUAUGAGUCUAAUAUCAUCUUGCUGAUGACCUAAAUGUAAUGAUUUAUACAGAUAUACAAUAAUAAUUUUUUACA